AUGGAGAGCGGACCUCCGAUGCUCGACGCGUUGGCCAAGUUGGAGCUUGCCAUGCGUCCGCAGUCGGUGCCGUCGUGGCUCAGCAGUGACACCAACCACGCCCCCAAGGUGACGGCACUCGGUCCGAGGACGUCAAGCGUCGAGCUGGUAGACCACACAACGGUGCACGGAGCUGCUGGAACUGCGAUUAUUGGGACCAACGGCGGAACCUCUCCACACAAAGAUAAAGCGGGUCCCAUGGCUCCCAGUCCUUCGUCUGUUCGACCACGCGCUCCGAUAGGAAUGCUCAAGGACACGGUUAGUGCCGCUGACAAGGAGUUCUUGGCCAAAUCCGAGCACCCGUCGCCAAAGCGUUCACGACAUCGCACACGGCAACAGGCAACCGAGUCGAAAAGCAGACGAGUCAAACAAUCUCUCGUCGAAUCACUGCGAUCGCUCGAGUUCUUUGACAAGACGAACCGAAGCCGCGAGCUCACGACUAAAAGCUCAGUCAUGCGCGUAUCUGCAGACCCUGGAGACAACGUGCACUUCGUCAAUAUCGACGAUAGCCUGGAGGAGAGCGAGGACGAUAGAGUUCUUGCAGACGUUGACGAGCUGAUUAUUACCCAUAACGAGCAUCAAGGUGGUCACGCUGCGGUUGAAAACCGAGCAUCGAGAUAUCUCGCAAAAUCUUUCGGGUCGAAGUCAACACCGGAGCCGCCCGAGGUUUUCCAGAUCCCCGAGCUGCCUCACGGACAGAACCUCGUUAUCAACAUCCUCUCGACGUGGGGGGACCCCUUCUACGUGGGGCUUAUGGGGAUUGAGAUUUUUGAUCACACAGGACACGCCGUUCACCUCUCCGAUGUUGAUAAACAACUGUCGGCGGACCCACCAGAUCUAAAUAUCCAAGACCACGACCGUCUCGACCCCCGAACUGUCGAUAAGUUGGUCGACAAGCACUACUUCACCUGUGACGAACUGCACGCGUGGCUUGCUCCGUUCUCGCGUGGCCAGAACCACUUCAUCUACAUGGAUUUCGACUACCCCUUGUCCAUCUCGAUGCUGCGUAUCUGGAACUACAACACAACUCGCAUCCACUCGUACCGCGGUGCUCGCUACGUGGAGAUUUCGUUGGACGGCAAGUUCAUCUUUAAAGGCGAACUCCGACGCGCACCCGGAAGCGUUAUUGAAGACAUUGACGACUGCAACGAGUGCAUUCUAUUCACGAUGAACCAGUCGAUUUUGCAGCUCAUUGAGAAAUACGAGAAGCGGAACGAGACGCUGAUCGAUAGCGAGGCUCCUGGAACUUCCAUAGCCCCGACAUCAACGUCUCCGCUCGAUGGCUUGGGCACAUUAAGCGGCCUGCCAAUUGGCCCGGACCCGCGGCUUCUAGAGCGACCGAAGACUGGCAACAAGACAUCUCGCGCUGCAGCCAGAGGAAGCAGCCACAUCAUUUGCUCCCCUGAAGCUGGAGACUCGACGUUCCCAAUCACUCCCGUGUUUACCCCAGUCGCCCCGCUGCCUAAGGUCGUGGGAGGGCCAAUGACUGAGCGCCCGUUGUGCUGCAAGACGAUCGAGCUGAUACUGGAAGCAAAUUGGGGAGACCCGUACGAAAUCGGACUAGCAGGUCUGGAAUUCCUCGACUCCAACUACGUGCCAUUGUCGAUAUGCUUGGACACUGUCAUCAUCUCGGCACCAUUCGGCGUCGAUAGAAUGCAAAAGCUCAUAACAACCCACGGAGCACGACAUCUCUCCACCGACCCUGAGGACAUGUGGAGUGCUCCGCUUCAGGACGUGCUCACGCUCCCUCCAGACCGCCGAGCUAUCACGAUCGAUUUCCCCGAGAAAGUGAGCGUGCGAGCGCUGAAAGUCUGGAACUACAACACAACACUGGAUGACUCUUUUAAAGGCACCAAGCAGAUUUCCGUGCGGAUCGACGGUGUCCACCACAUGCGCGCAUCACUGAGGAAGGCCCCAGGGAACCUCAUGGACUUCGACUUUGGCCAAUUCUUGUACCUACGCAACAGUUCUACGAGGCCAUCCUCACCCCCGUCUACGCCCCCCCAGUCACGACGGAACAAAACCACCAUGAAGCCGAUCGCAGAAGUUUUCCAGCAGUACCAAACGCCUCUGUUCCCCACGGGCUACAUCAUCAAGUUCGUCUUCUCGUCCACCUGGGGAGACCAGUUCUACCUGGGACUCAACGGCGUAGAACUCUACGACCGCGACAACCAGCUCAUCCCGCUGUGCAGCGAGAUCAUCGACGCCCAGCCGAGAGAUAUCAACAUCUUAAAAGAACCGGGCGCCACGCAGGACGUGCGGACGCUGGACAAGCUGUACGACGGCGUCAACAACACGUACGACGACCGCCACAUGUGGCUGGCGCCGCACACGCCGUCGCAUCCCAACAAGCUCGUGAUCUUCUUCAACGAGCCCGUGACCAUCUCCAAGAUCCGAUUGUGGAACUACAGCAAGACGCCCACGCGCGGCGUGCGCGAGUUCGAGGUCUUCCUCGACGACGUGCUGAUCUACCAUGGGACGCUGAAGCAGGCGCCGGCGCUCAACCUGCCGAGCGUUGACGGCGGCUCCGACGAGGCUUUGGACCUGUUCGCCCACUCUACGUUGGAGAACCGCCGACUGCGGAAGAAGUGGCACGAGCAGGCCGAAGCCGCCGCCAACGCCGUCAACAUGACCCAGACGCUGCUGUUCACCGAUGACCUGGAGGUCAUCGAGGCGGAGGCCGGCAACAUCUACAUGCCGCAGGACGAGCUCGAGGCCAGCGUCACGUUCUACGACAACAGCCAGGUGCUCUCCCUCUCGGAUCUACCGGGCAGCGAGGCCAUCAUGCGCCCGACGACGAGUGCAGGCUGGUAG